CCCGCCCCUUGUCGGAGCGCGGCGGCUGCAGUCUUGGCGGUUGCUGAGGGAGGUCGUGGAGCCGGCGAGGGGAACCCGGUCGACGCAGCCGUCGCAGCACCACUAGCAACUCCAGCUCCAGCUCCGUUGGCCUCAACGUCUUGCCCCUCCAGGAUGUCUUCGAUGCCAGACGCGGCCGCCGGGGACGAGCGGAAGCAGGCGAAGGAGAUGGAGGACGCAGAGAAAUACUCCUUCAUGUCCACGCUCACCAAGGCGCCCAAGAAGCAAAUCCAGUUUGCGGAUGAUAUGCAAGAGUUCAGCAAAUUCCCAACCAAGACUGGUCGCCGGUCUCUAUCUCGUUCCAUUUCACAGUCUUCCACUGACAGCUAUAGCUCUGCGGCAUCCUACACAGACAGCUCUGAUGAUGAAGUUUCCCCUAGAGAAAAGCAGCAAACUAAUUCCAAGGGCAGUAGCAAUUUCUGUGUCAAGAAUAUCAAACAGGCAGAGUUUGGUCGUCGGGAGAUAGAGAUUGCUGAGCAAGAUAUGUCUGCACUGAUUUCAUUAAGAAAACGAGCUCAGGGGGAGAAGCCUUUGGCUGGAGCUAAAAUAGUGGGAUGUACACAUAUCACAGCACAGACUGCGGUCUUGAUUGAGACAUUGUGUGCGCUAGGAGCUCAGUGCCGCUGGUCUGCUUGUAAUAUUUAUUCUACUCAGAAUGAGGUGGCUGCUGCCUUGGCUGAGGCUGGUGUUGCUGUAUUUGCCUGGAAAGGAGAGUCCGAGGAUGACUUUUGGUGGUGCAUUGAUCGCUGUGUUAAUGUAGACAGCUGGCAGGCCAAUAUGAUCUUGGAUGAUGGGGGAGACCUGACACAUUGGGUGUAUAAGAAAUAUCCGAAUGUAUUUAAGAAGAUCAGAGGCAUUGUAGAAGAGAGUGUGACGGGUGUGCACAGGUUAUACCAGUUAUCAAAAGCUGGGAAACUGUGUGUUCCUGCCAUGAAUGUCAACGACUCUGUCACCAAACAGAAAUUUGAUAACCUGUACUGCUGCAGAGAAUCAAUCUUAGAUGGCCUAAAGCGGACCACUGAUGUGAUGUUUGGAGGGAAGCAAGUGGUGGUGUGCGGUUAUGGUGAGGUUGGAAAAGGAUGCUGUGCAGCUCUGAAGGCCUUGGGAGCCAUAGUUUACAUCACAGAGAUUGAUCCCAUCUGUGCUCUUCAAGCCUGCAUGGAUGGGUUUCGGGUAGUGAAGCUCAAUGAAGCCAUUCGUCAGGUGGAUGUAGUCAUAACUUGCACAGGAAAUAAGAACGUGGUGACUAGAGAGCACUUGGACCGAAUGAAAAAUAGCUGCAUUGUGUGUAAUAUGGGCCAUUCCAACACUGAAAUUGAUGUGGCUAGUCUUCGUACUCCAGAGCUGACCUGGGAGCGUGUGCGUUCUCAAGUGGAUCAUGUAAUCUGGCCUGAUGGCAAGCGAGUUGUUCUACUGGCUGAGGGUCGACUUCUCAAUCUGAGCUGUUCAACUGUUCCUACCUUUGUUCUGUCUAUCACAGCUACCACUCAGGCUCUGGCUUUGAUUGAGCUUUAUAAUGCUCCUGAAGGACGAUACAAACAAGAUGUGUACCUUCUGCCUAAAAAGAUGGAUGAAUAUGUUGCCAGCUUGCACCUGCCUUCAUUUGAUGCCCACCUGACAGAACUAACAGAUGAUCAAGCAAAAUAUCUGGGACUCAAUAAAAAUGGGCCCUUUAAACCAAACUAUUAUAGGUACUGAUGGACCAUAAUGCUGAAGGACCAGACGGCAUAAUCUACACAAGAGCUUUAGCAAGAAUAUUUUUAAAGAACAUAUAUUUUGUGUUACUUCCAAACACAUUUGGUUUUUUUCUUUUAUUCAUGUGAUUUUAUUGUCCUUCCUCAUUCUUUAAUAUUUCCCUGUCUCUGACCUUACAGACAACCUGGAGUUUCCCUGCGGCAUCACCACUAAAUUAAUGUGGUUUCAGCUCUUUUGCUUUACUAGGUUUGAGGGUUCCCUUUGGUGAUGUGGGGUAUUCCUCUCCUGUGGUGAUUUUAUUUUUAAAUUUAAAAAUUUCUAAGGCACCUUAGUUGUAGUUGGUAGAUCUGCAAAAUAUUCAGAGUACUAUUUUUUUCUGUGUGGAAUUAUCUGCAAAUUCUAAAUGGCCUUAAUAAGCCCCAAUUUAUUAGCUGCUAGAUCAUUGUUCCUUUUCCUCCACAGGAACAGAGUUGACACCUUGUGACUGGUUAGGUUAUAGGUGUAUAUACAACAAAUGCCUAAUACCUGAUCCUAAUUUGUUAUGUGGAGAAAACGCCUCUUCAUUUCAGUGGGACAGUUUCAAAUACUAUUUAUGAUCAAUUAGGGUAUUUUUCCCACAUGAAAUGUGCAUGCCUGGUUACACUAAGCCUAGGUAGAUUUUAACUUAUAUUUUUAAGUUGCUAGGGUGCUAAUCUGAAAUGAAAUGGAUAUUGGUUAUCCAUUCUCUUCACCUCUCCAUAGUUUUUAGACUUUAGAGCUGGGGUGGGGUUCUUGCUGCUUUAAGCCAAGAUGUACCAAUACCGUAUUUUAAAAGGCAAUGGGUAAGAAUUCCUUUUGCUUUUAGUUUGGAGAAUAUUAAGGCAGAAAAUUUUAGUUAAUGUGUUGCAGAAAUGUUGGGGCCACUUAAGAACCAGAUCAGUCCUUUAGGGCUGAGAUUGUAUUGUAUCUCCUAUACUCCAUUCCUUCAUUUGCACAGCACAGGAGAUGUUCGGAUAAUUGUAGUAGCUUAGCUUUUCAGAUCCUAUAAAAAUGAUUCAUUCUGUAAAGCACUUCCCUCCAUCUUCAGGCUCCAUUUGUAGCAAAUGAAUAUUGAAGGUGGAAUCCCUUCCCAUUGGCACGCUAUUUUAAGUGCUCUGCUGCUUUAAUUAUCUUAUCUCAGUAGGAUAGAAUAUUCUGUUCAGUUAGCAUGAUGCACUAGUACUUCUGUGAGAUUACAGUGCAGCCCAGGUUUCAUACUUUAGUGCCAUGAAAAUGAGGGGGAGUUUCAGCAUCAUUAACAGAGGCAAACAUUAAGCUAAGGAGGGUGGUUCAGGUAAAUAUUGCCUGGGUCUGAUCACUUCAGACUUGUGCUGAAGUCUCAAGGAGCAGGGACAAGCCAGACACUACUCUGAAUCAUGGUGAACACAUGUCUAACCUUGAACUUUCUGCCUUUUUAUGUAAGCUUUGCAGAAAAUUUGAUGUAAAUACUGAAAAUGACAUUCCUAACUCCCAUCUUCAUAAAAAUCUGUCUCUCUAUUCUAUGAUGUAGGCUGUUGUCUUUCCCGGUAGUCCUUCAUUGAGAAGAAUAAAUUACCUGUGCAGAGCCUGAGCCACCAAACCUUUGCACACCCAUGCUUGCUGUCUAAUACUCAGAACCCUAAAUGACCUUUCUCCUGUACCUUUUGUCCCAGAUAGCUGUGUGGUUUCUCUUUGGCAGCUGUGCGGUGGCAACUAGGCCUUGCAGAAUGGUGCUGGCCAUUGACUGACUUGAAUGCAAGAGCUCCCUCUGCCUCCAACAAUUCCAAUCCACCUCAUUUUCCAGGAUCUAAUUUUAAGUUUGGUCAGGCCAAAUGAAUUCUGUUUUUAUUUCUUGUUGACAAAGUUAUCCCACACCUGGACAUAUAUGUGUCCUCUCAGUUCUUUCAUCAAGAUAGCUGUCUUGUACUUUGUUUCUUAAUUUCACAGCUCUGUUGCCACAAGUUCUGAUCUCAGAACUGGCUUGGAUCCCUCUAUGCCAAGCAAAGUUUGUUCCCAAAAAUCCUCCUUCAAGCUAAGGAGGAUCUCUUCAUUGCAUUUGUCUGCCUCUAUAUUGCAGUGUCAAUAGAUACCUUAGCUAAGGGCUCCAUCUCUGUAUAAGCCAUGGAAGAAAUUGUCGGGCCUGGCGACACCUCAGUUUGGUCAGAGGGAGCAUGUUAUAGCAUCAACCCAGGUGGGGAUAGGUUUAUUUUGUAUAUGAAUGAUUUUUAAUGAAUGCAAUAUUAAUCCUUGCAGAUGAGCAAUAAAUCAUUACGCGAAGUCUCAAUAAAACAAUUAGAAGACUA